UGAAUGAUAAGUUUUCAGACUGACAGCGUCUCUGCUGGCUUUUCUGCUCCGUCAGGGCGGGUAGAAAGAGAGAGAGUACUCCAUGUGUACCUCUGUUUCUGUGUCUCUCGCUCUCUCCAGGCUGUGUGAGCAGUGAAUUGAUGUGGGAAAGAGCGAGAAACAUUAACGGCAGGAGGAGGGAGGAUAAAGAGAGAGAGAGGCGGUGAGAGCGUGUGAAGGAGGGCGUCUGACAAGAGAUGAGAGUAUUUAUAGGUGGAGAGAAGAGGACAUAGAACGACAAGUGGAGAGAGAGGAGGGAGGGAGGUAGCGAUACAAAGGGAGAGAGAGGAGAACCCAGACCAUAGAUCCAGACACAAUAAGAAGAAAAGGAAGACAAAGAGGAGGAGAGGGCGAGCGAGACACCAUGCUGAGGAGGAAGAGGAGCGUGUCGUUCGGGGGCUUCGGAUGGAUUGAUAAGUCUACCGUCAGCGCUCUGAGAGCUCGCAAACAAGAGCUCCUGACCAUCUCCAAUGUUCCCGCCGCAGACUGCCCCCCCUCUCCCCCCCGCACCGCACCCCCCACCAUGAAGUCGGCUCAUUUCUUUGACAUGAUGGACAAGAUGGAGGACGACUACAUUCCUUAUCCGAGGAUCGAGGAGGUGCUGGAGAGGGGGGCGCCGUACCCUCAGGUCAUCCUACCUGAGUUUGGAGGUUACUGGAUCGAGGAUCCCGAGGCCCCUCCUCCCACCUCCCUGAAAAUCAAGAGGCAGGAGGAGGAUGAGACGGAGGAAGAGGAGGAGGCGGAGCAGGAGGAAGACACCCCCCCAGGGGAUUAUGGGUACCAGCUGGAGGAGAUCAGCGGGGCUGCACGGGCGUACAGGAAGCACUUCUUGGGCAGAGAGCAUUUAAACUUCUCUUGCUCGACCAGCAGUCUGGGAAACCUGCUGCUUUCUGUGCGGCACGAAGAAGAGAAGGAGCAGGAGUCCCUCCACGUUAUCAUCAGAUCUCGGGUGAAAAGCGUCUACCACAGAUUGUCUCUGACCGAGCUGCCUGACAUCCCCAGCGUACCGGAGCUCGCCAAGCUGCUGUGUGAGGAAGCAGCAGGCCUGCGCUUCAGUCCCGUCCUCUACCCGAAGGCGUCUCAGCUGAUCGUAAACUACGACGAGCACGAGGUCAACAACACCUUCAAGUUUGGAGUCAUUUACCAGAGAUUUGGACAGGUGUCUGAGGAGGAGCUGUUCAGGAACAACGAGGAGACGCCAGCCUUCACAGAGUUCCUGCAACUGCUGGGAGACACAGUGCAGCUGCAGGACUUCAAGGGGUUUCGGGGAGGUCUGGAUGUGUCCCACGGUCAGACGGGUUCCCAGUCGAUCUACACCGUCCACAGACAGCAGGAGAUCAUGUUCCACGUCUCCACCAAACUGCCCUUCACAGAGGGAGACACACAGCAGCUUCAGAGGAAACGUCACAUAGGAAACGACAUCGUGGCGGUGGUGUUCCAGGAGGAGGCCACGCCUUUUGUCCCAGACAUGAUCGCCUCCAACUUCCUGCACGCCUUCAUCGUGGUGCAGGUGGAGGAGCCUUGCGGUGACAGCAGCUCCUACAAGGUGUCCGUCACAGCACGAGAAGACGUUCCUCCGUUUGGCCCGCCCCUCCCAAAUCCAGCCGUCUUUAAGAAGGGUCCGGAGUUCAGAGAGUUUCUCCUCACUAAACUCAUAAACGCAGAGCUGGCCUGCUACAAGAGCGACCGCUUCGCCCGGCUAGAGGAGCGUACCCGGGCCGCCCUGUUGGACAGCCUCCAUGAUGAGCUGCAGAGACGCUCCCAGAGCAUGCUGGGAUUGACAUCAGGUCUAGAGGAGGAGGGGCGAGGUGAGAACGGACACGCCCAUGGAGGUCUGCUGGAGUCCAUUAAGAGGGCGAUGCGAGGACGGAGCGUCUCCAUGGAGACCAUGUCGCGGGGCGGGGCAGGUCUGCCGACCAGUCUGAGUGGGGGGGGUCUGGCUCACAUUAACGCUGAGGGUAACGUGAAAUCUCCUGUGAAGCGGCGAUCAGGACUUUUUCCCCGUCUGCUGAGCGUCGACAGCCAAACGGAGAAGCAAAACCAGAGGAGCCUCCUCAGUGAGCAGAGGAGCUUCGACAGCUGCCACCCGACACUGGAGGUGAGGUCAGAGCUGCCGUCCAAUCCCAGCUCUCCAGAGGCGGGACAGCGGGACAGGAUCCACAUGAAGAAGGAGAGCAGUAAGAUUUCCAGAUCGACAUCCAGCACCUGCAGCUUCAGCAUCCCUGCAGACGACACACACCUGCUCGCCCAGGCUGCGACAGCAGAAGGUCAAAGUUCAACUCCGCUCAUCGUCUGUCGCAGCCCCACAGAGCUGAAAAAUAAAAGCUCUCCCAGACCUAACCUCAAGUUUCGCUUUGACAAGUUGAGUCACUCUGCGGCGCAGGGCCACUGACCUGAGGACGCAGCGGAGAACAAUAAACAUCAGCCUCAAUGAGGAGGAGGAGGAAGAAGAGGAGGAGGAGGAGGAAGAAGAGGAGGAAGAAGAGAAAGAGGAGGAGGACAUUAAUGUGAAGACACUGAUGGACACACACACACUGAGGCUGAAGCUUCAGCAUUGGGCGUAAUCUUCAGGUCACUCCGACAGUUUUACUCGUGAAAAUGUGUUUCCUGUUCACGUUCAGCCGGUGAAACCAGUUGUAACAGAAAACACCUCUGAUGAUGUCAUAGUGAUGUCACCAGGGUAGGCGCAGGAGGCGGAUCUGGUGUUCACCUGUGCACCGUGUCCUGCAGUAUUUCGGUCCUCAUAUGUGAAGGACCUGGAUCCAGGAGGAUGCUGAGCAACUUCAGGGGCCCGUACCACGAAGCAGGUUCCACAAACCCAGGAUACCUGUCCGUUAUCAGGCUCAGCCGUCACUCGAGCUGGCCAUCAGCUCACUAAGUGCACAAUAUUGACAAAAUCUGAUAUUACGAUAUUCAUUUUGAUUUUCUUAAACAUGUAAAAACACGUUGGUGGGUUUCAGAAACGUUCCCCCUUUGAUCUCACACUCAUCUUCUUUCUUUUCUUUUGCCCACUUUGCACUGGUUUACUACUUACACAACUAUUUUAAGUAUGUAUCAUAUAAUUAUUUUAAGUCCAGACCCCCCUCACGAUUUCCACCUAUGCAACUAAAGCCCCUUCUCCACCGCACAGUACCAGCUCGACUCACCUCUGUUUGGGUUUCCACUGUAGAAAUGUUGCACCUGUACCUGCUUCCAGGUACUUUUUUCGGAUCACCUCCGUCGAGGUUCCAUGCGAGCUGAGGGAUACUAAAAUGUGACGUGAAAACACAGCAGACUGCUGAUUGGUCAGAGAGAGCAGGGCCAAACCGAGUCGAGGCGAGCUGGUACUGGAAAAACGGCAUGAGCCACACAGCCAGCGGACGCCACAACUUUCUGCAACAUUUUCAACGUGAUAAUGCGAUAACAGUAAUCAGUCAAUAUAUUGUGCAACACAACCGUGAGCGCAUUCAUGUCAAAGAUGACCAAUCACAGACAAGCAAAUGGUGAUAUGGGACAAACAGGAAGGUGAACUGAUAUUGCAGCUGAAAGGCAACAGUUACGUUUGUGUUCCAUUAAAUGAACGUGUUCUUACGGCGUGUUUGAACACCUGCUGCUCACCAGAGGAUCUUCAGAUCUAGAGCGAUGUUAAAAACGUGGGAUCCCACAGACAGAAUGAACCGAUGACACGCCAGACGGUUCAGUCUCAGGACCACACACUCGGCGUUAAUAUUAAAACGGUUUGGCGUUUCCGGGGGACUUGGGAUCUCACAGACAUGGAGGCAGACGGUCGUCGUCAGCUGGUCGACCUUGUGUGUUUUGGCAAAGAAAAUCAAAAGAAGAGAAUCAAACUGGAUGAACUUGAGGCUGAGAAGAGGGAAUCAGCGGCGAAGGCGAAUCGGACCCAGAAUCAGAAAUACUAUAUUGAUCCCUGAUGGGAAAUUCUUUAAAAAAGGGAGGGGAAGAGGAUAUUUGUUCUCUGCAUUUAACCCAUCCUAUUUAAGAGCAGUAGGCUGCCAUCGUACGGCGCCCGGGGAGCAGUUCGGGGUUCAGGGCCUUGCUCAGGGGGCCCAUUCAGAAUGGGUCGUGCUGGACUUGAUCCAGCAACCCACCGGUUUCCAAACCAAGUCCUAACAGACCCAGCUAAUGCCGCCCCAAUCGGCCCCGUUAUCCUCGAUAGAUUCAUUUAUUUCUCAGAAAUGUUCCAAACAUCGUUCUAAAUUAACUUCACACAAACCAAAAAUACAUUCAUGCCAUAAAAAGAGCUCAGACUGCGGUGAAAGGCUGAAUCUCAGAUCCUGCUUCGUAGUACAGGCCCCUGGUCACAUGACCUCUCCACCAGCAUCUGGAACGGAACAUCGGCUGGUUCCGUUUAGUGCAACAAGCCACAGGAACCUCCGCGUUUUCGUUCACAUCCAACCCAAAACACCUGGUAACCACAGCAACGGCUCUGCGUUUAGAGUCUGGCCAAAGAGCUGUCUUAAUUCUAACCCGGAACAGAACAGAACGCCAUAGAUAAGUUCAGUUUUCAAAAUAAAACACCCCAAAAGUACACACCGUGUACCGCGAGUACGCGCUGCACGUCUCUAAUUAUGAACCAUUUGAUCAGCAGCUGCAGUGAAACUGUUUCAGUGUUAAGAACUGAUGAUGUCGUAUUAGUCAGGUGGAGUCCAGGAAAAUACUUUUCUAAAUAACGAUAUUUAUUCACCAGAGAUUAUGCAUAACCUAAUCUUUAAUUUGUCAUUUUAAUACUUGAGGUGAACAGUUAAUAAACAUCUGCAGACAUACCUGUCUGAUUCAUUUCCUUUUAACUGCUCCUUCUUUGUUGGUCUCUGAACUGAGAUGUUAUUACUGCAGCGUGUUUCUUCAACAUUUUAGUGCUUUUUCAAUUACAACCAAUUACAAACAUCACUGUGAUUAAUAUUUAUUUCUUACCCACAUCAUAAACACCCCCGGGAUCAAACUUUUAAUCAGGAGAUUAAGUUUGUUUCUGCGUCUCCUCCAGGUUUCCGCUGCAGACGCUUCAUGUCGCUGUGGAUCUGACACUCAUCAGUCAGCUUUUUACAUUUAAACAUCACAAUCAGCCUGUUGGCCGAGACUUGUUCAGGCCUCACAGCUUGUGUCAGACCUGCAGCACGAAGAUUUCCUCGAGUGUUGGCGUUACGAACAGGCUGGACCCGGAGCUGCUGUGAAAAAGGACUGUAAACCUGAAAAAAGAAGAAGCUUCACUGCCGUUUGAUGCGAAACCAGAUGUUUAUUUUGCACUAAAGUGACUGAAAGCUGUGCGGAUGUUAGUCAUGAAUAUUAAAUAUACAACGUCUGACACGCCGAAUGAACUCUAAAUGUCUUGAUUGCACUGAAAGCACAAAUCUGUUCCUCCUCUUCUCGCUCUGACUUCAGGUGUAAAUCUCUUUUCCCGUAUAAAAUAAAGGUUAAAGGGGGCGAUGAGAGGGGAGGUGUUCAAGAUGUCGCUGUGUGUCAUUUCUGUGAAACUCUGAUGUUACAAACUUUCUGCAGGACGACAUGUUUGCACUUUGUUUCAGUGAUGUUUGUAACCAGGAACCGAUCAAAUAUUUCUCCACUAAUGAAUUCAAAAUACAUCUAAAAAUCA